CCAUCUGCCUCACUUUCCACACAUCUACCCCCUCCUCUUCUGUAUCAUCGUAUCGUCGUCGUCCCCGGUCGAUUUUGUGACAAUCGUGCCCUCUUUAUAGGUCUCGAUCUCUUCAGUCUGCCUUCUCAGUCGGCGUUGAUAUCUUUUCAUCGAAUCUCACAACUUUUCUCUUUUAUACUUCGGAAACACGAUCGCCGCUUGAUAUGCCCUUUACCACCUGAGAUAUCUAUCGGAAUCUUCUAUCCUUACGGGCAUUGAUUAGGGAAUUAGUUGCGGCAUAUAGGGAUGCCUCGUACAGUUUCUAGGUCACCUUCAAGCAGGCGAUGGCGGUCGCCAUCGCCGGGCGGCCAUCGGUACAGCAGCAGCAGGAGAAGCAGACGGGAUCGGAGUAGAUCUCCAUAUUCAUAUAGGCGAAGAAGCCCAUCUCCUUCAUCAAGAUGGCGCAAAAGUCGUUCGCCUACUCCUAGGAGGAGAAAAAGCCGUUCACCAUCUCUUAGGAGACAUAGAAGACAAAGAAGUAGGAGCACCACCCAGUCUCCUAUUAAGAAGUCUCAAAGUCCGAUUGCUCGGUCAAUAGAGCUCACCAAUUCCAUUGAGAAACUAAGAAAGGAAGAAGAAGAAAAGAAAAGGCGUCAAAAAGAAGCAGAAUUGAAACUGUUAGAAGAAGAAACUGCUCGAAGAGUCGAAGAAGCAAUCAGAAAAAAGGUUGAAGAGAUUCUGAACUCCGACGAGGUCAGAUUGGAAGUAGAGAAAAGGAUUAUGGAAGGUCGGAAGAAGCUUAUUGAGGAGGUUGACGCUCAACUUGACAGAGAAAAAGAGAAUGCUCUUAUUGAAGCUCGGAAAAAGGCGGAGCAAGAGCGCAGAGAAAGAGAAGAGUUGGAUAAAAUGUUGGAGGAGAACAGGAGGAAAGUUGAAGAAUCUCAGAGGAGAGAAGCUCUAGAGCAGCAGCAGAAAGAGCUGGAGCGCUACCAAGAAUUAGAACUGCUCCAAAGACAGAAGGAAGAAGCGCUGCGGAGGAAGAAACAGGAAGAGGAAGAAGAGAGGGCGAACCAGAUGAAACUUUUGGGUAAAAAUAAAGCUCGUCCUAAGCUCUCUUUUGCACUAGGCCUCAAGUAAGAAAUAAAGCAGAUGAAACCUUAUUUGCAAAAUUAAAAUUUUUAUGCUGAACAAUGAUUAUGUAGUUUAGCCUUUUUUUGUUAUUGCGCUCAUGUAUUGAUGGAAAAAGUGGAUUUACCUCUUUCUAUUGGUCUGUAUAAUGUGGCA